GUGGUGUAUCACUAUAUGCAGAAUAUCUGCGCUGCGAAUAGUCAUGUUUUGAUCCGGAGCGGGGGGGGGCGUCAUUGACAACUCGCUUGUGUUUCUGUUUGAACCGCACGGCGAGCUGAAUCAGAAUUAUGGCACUGCAUCCCAAAGAAACUAUCCACGACAUCGCCUUCAAGGGGGAUAUCUAUACUCUCAAGUUGAAAUUUGAGCAGGACAAUAAGCUUUUGACCCAGAAAGAUGACAAUGAUAGAACGCUGAUUCACUGGGCAGCUUUGGGUGGCCACGAAGAGCUUGUCAAGCUUCUAUCCGAUCUUGGUACUCCAAUUGACAGCAAGGAUGAUAUUGGUUCUACACCUUUAAUUUUGGCUUCAUCAGCGGGAAAGGAACAAGUGGUCCACACACUUUUAGCUUUGGGAGCACAAGUAAAUUCUCAGAACCAUGAAGGUCAUUCCGCUCUGCAGUAUGCAGCCUCUAAAGGCUGGCUAAAUAUUGUCAGAGUUCUGCUGUCAAGUCACGCUGAUGUGAAUAUUGCUGAUAAACGAGGUGCUACUCCUCUCCAUCGAGCUGCCUCUGUUGGCAAUACCGAUGUUCUUAAGGAACUUCUUGCUUGUGGCAAUCAAAUUGUAGUCGACUGCAAAGAUGCUUAUGGAAACACCCCACUACACCUGUGUUGUCAAGAUGACAGAGUUGAGGAAGCUGGGCUGUUGGUUCAACAUGGUGCACGUCUAACCACAAAGAAUCGAGAGGAAAAGACACCACUUGAUUAUGCAGCACCAUCAUUAGCAAGGCAGUUGCAAAAUUGGGCUGAGCAGUAAUAGUGCUUUGCUGUGUAGACCUCAAGUAAGGGUUGCUUUCAAAUUCAGUUUUGUUUAAAGUUAGGGUAUUUUAAGACAGUUCAAAACAUAAUAAGUUUCAUAAUAUAUAUUUAUAAAAAAUUAUUGCACAUGGUGGAAAGUUCUAUUUUUACGACAAUAUUUUCCAAUAAGUAAAUUAUAAAAAGCUGUUUUUCAUAUUGGACAGAGUGUAAUGAAAUAAACUAAAAGCCCAAUCCGUCCUUGGGUAACAGAA